AUGACGAGCACGCUCAGCCUCGACGGCAAAGCCCCAGCCAGGCGCAAGUCGUUCACGGGCCAGAUCUCGGCGCUCCUGACGCGGCGGCGGUCGAACUCGAGCUCGCAGUCGGAGACGGCGUCGCUGGCGUCGACGACGACGACGGCGACGACGAAGAUCGAAGAGAACAGGACCAACCCAUCCGACAUUGACGAACAGCGCCGCUCCGUCUCGCGCGGCCGCGACUUUACAUCCUCAGGCCGCGGCGGCAUAGGCAACAUUCGCCGCCAGUCCGCCUCGCGCGACCCCGACCGCAACCCCGACCUCCCCGAAGUGCCCCUCCCGCGCGGCCGCGAGCCCGUCCCCUACGCCGCCACCACCCGCACCAGCGUAUCGGUCGGCCGCGGCGGCGCGGGCAACAUCCGCUCGCCCUCGCGCGACCGCGACCCCGCCAGCGUCGCCGAGUACGAGCAGGACGUCAUCCGGCGGCGCAUGGAGGAGCGCCAGGCCGCUGCUAUCUCCUCCGGCCGCGGCGGCGCGGGCAACAUCUCCCCCGCCCCGCGCUCCCCGUCCCAUUCUCGCUCCCGCUCCCGCGCGCGCCACUCCACGGGCCGCGGCGGCGCGGGCAACAUCCGCCCGGGCGACGGCGUCGGCGCAGAGGUCAUCGACGAGGAGGAGCGCAGGGAGCACGAGUACGCGUAUGACCACGCGGAGCAUCUGCACAGCACCGGCCGCGGCGGGCUCGCGAAUAUGACCGCCGCGCACCCCCCGCCGGAACAGCCCCCGCUGCAUGUCCACGAGAACGAGUUCGAGAGCACGGGGCGCGGCGGGCGCGGGAAUAUCCGCGCGCGCUCGCAGAGCAGGGACGCGCGCUCGCGGUCGAGGGAUGCGCUGCCCGAGAGGGAGCGGGAGAAACAUGGCGGGUUGCAGGAGUUCUGGAACAAGGUCACGCAUGCGCAGGGGAGCCCCGAGAGGGGCGGGGAGCGGGGGAGGACGAGGGAGUGAGUAAGAUCUGGCAGUGAGUCAGAUGCGGCAGUACAGUGGAGGGAAGGAAGUAUUUUGUUAUAUGUAUUACUGAGUACCUCCCACCCACUCGGGCGGAGAACAGUUCGUAAUGUAUCAUUUCCGCACGGAGGUGUCCACAUACGAGUACGUACUAUUCCUAGGCUCGUAACAUACAAUAGUGCAGGCCCGGCACAAGAAACCGG